UCAUAUGAAAGUGCACUGGUUUAACACGUGUUUCCCCCCUAUUAUUUCAAAUACAGUGCUGUAGUAUAAAUCUCGGUCACUUGAUGUCAGUAUAAUGACAAAUAAAGCGUCCAUACAUUUUAGAAAUGUCCACAAGACCAUCCCCUUCCCCUCAUAUCAGCACCGGGUGAACAUUUGUACAUGCGAGCAGCUCGAAACACAAUUUAGCUGUAAAAAAUAUAUCGCUGACGAGAUUUCUUGGAUUGUGAUAAGGGAUGUGGCGGAGGAAUUUGACGUUAGUGUGCGGGUGUGACUCGUUGAAAGUUGUUUUUGUUUGAAUGUUUUAUCAUCACGCCAUGGAUCAAAGACGAAGCCGAACAUGCAGAGCGCUUACAAAAUGGAUUGUGUACAUGAUGGUUAUGGCUCCGUUUUGGAAAUGCGCUUCAGGACAAUUCAGGUAUUCAAUCUCUGAGGAAGUUAAAGAAGGAACCGUUGUUGGAAAUAUCGUCAAGGAUUUGGGUCUUGAUAAGAGCACACUGAAACAGAGGGUGUACCGCAUUGUCUCCGGCUCGGCAGAGCCUCAUUUUCGCGUAAAUCAGGACGAUGGUGUCUUGUACGUGAACCGAAAACUCGACCGAGAAGAAAUGUGCGAUCGAAGCAAGGUUUGUGUUAUCGACUUGAAAACGGUGCUAGAAAACCCUCUGGAGGUCCACUAUGUCGCAGUGGAGAUUCUGGAUGUAAAUGACCAUGCACCAAGCUUCCCUGAACACGAAAAGAUUUUAGAGAUUUCCGAGUCUGCAUUGCCUGGAGCAAGAUUUCAGUUAAAAGCUGCACGUGAUGCUGACAGUGGUUCAUUAUCUGUUCAACAGUAUAAGCUGAGUCACAACGAACACUUUCGUUUGGAGGUGAAAGAUCGUGGCGAAGACCGUAAAACACCUAAUUUGGUUCUUCAGAAGCCACUUGACAGAGAAUCUGUCAAGACACAUGAGUUACUCCUGACAGCCUUUGAUGGAGGUAAACCUCUAAAAUCUGGCAACAUGACAAUAAUAGUUAAUGUUUCUGAUGUUAAUGAUAACCCCCCGGUGUUCACUCAGGAUUCAUAUAAUGUGCAGCUCAAAGAAAAUUCUCCCCUUGGCACUACUGUGAUUCAAGUUAAUGCAACAGAUCUGGAUGAAGGGUCGAAUGGUGAGGUUGUAUAUUCAUUUGGAAAUGACGUGGAUGCACAAGCAAGUGCACUUUUUGAUUUGAACCAAGUGACUGGAGUCAUUACUGUGGCAGGGGGCAUAAAUUUUGAAGAAAGUGGAAGAUAUGAAAUUGAUAUUCAGGCAUCAGACAAAGGUGCAGCUCCACUGACAACAGAUAAAAUUGUCAUAAUCAAUAUUGUUGACGUCAAUGACAACGCACCAGAGAUUGAAGUAACAUCUUUUUCAAGUGCACUCCCAGAGGAUUCAAAACCAGGAACAACGGUGGCGUUGAUUAGUGUAAAGGACUCUGAUUCUGGUCUCAAUGGAAAAGUCAUGUGUUACAUAAAUCAAGAUCUCCCUUUUCUUCUCACUCCAUCUUUACAAAAUGACAUGUAUUCUCUGGUAACUAAACGGCUUUUGGAUCGAGAACAACAGUCACAAUACAAUGUAGUAAUUGUAGCAAAGGAUGCAGGUGAGCCAUCCUUAUCAUCAGAGAAAACUAUAACAAUUGAUGUGUCAGAUGUGAAUGAUAACAGUCCAGAGUUCUCACACAGUCCAUAUGCUUUCUACAUAACUGAGAAUAACAAUCCAGGAGCAGCUAUUUUUUCAGUGACAGCCCGAGAUAAUGAUGAGGGUAGUAAUGCUGUUAUUUCAUAUAUGAUCUCAAGAGAUAGAGGAGAAAAACUGCUGACUUCAUUUCUUAACGUAAACUCCGAAAAUGGAGAUAUUUUGGCACUGAAAAGUUUUGACUUUGAAAUGUUGAAAACUUUCCAGUUCCAAGUUGUUGCCACAGAUUCUGGAGCUCCGUCUCUCAGCACCAACGUCACAGUCAACGUGUUCAUUCUGGAUCAGAACGACAACGCUCCAGUCAUCCUGUAUCCACUCAGCUCCAACGGAUCUGCUGAAGGUGUGGAGGAGAUUCCCCGAAAUGUCAACGCAGGACACUUGGUCACCAAAGUCAGAGCCUAUGAUGCUGAUAUGGGAUAUAACGGCUGGCUGCUCUUCUCACUGCAGGAACUCACUGACCACAGUCUCUUCGGUUUGGACCGAUAUACAGGACAGAUCAGAACACUUCGCUCAUUCACAGAGACAGACGAGGCUGAACACAAACUGGUCAUACUGGUCAAAGACAACGGAAACGUUUCACUCUCAGCAACAGCUACUGUCAUUGUCAAACUUGUGGAGCCCAAAGAGGCUUUUGCAGCGUCUGAUGUCAAAAGUGCAGCAAAAGUUGAUGAAGAUGACAGUCUGACAUUUUAUCUGAUGAUAACUUUGGGAUCAGUUUCUGUACUUUUCCUCAUCAGCAUCAUCGUGCUGAUUGCAAUGCAGUGCUCCAAAUCCACAGACUAUACUUCCAAAUAUCUGCAAGAGACUAAUUAUGAUGGAACACUGUGUCACAGCAUCCAGUACAGAUCUGGAGACAAACGCUACAUGUUAGUUGGACCCAGAAUGAGUAUAGGAUCUACUAUAGUUCCUGGCAGUCAUGCAAACACUCUAGUGCUCCCUGACAGGAGGAGGGCAUCUGAGGAGGUAAGAGCAUUUCUACAGUAGCUGACUAUGAUGUAU